AUGGCAGACGUUGUUCAGUACCGCCUCGAGCGGAUGGUUGAUGAGCUUGAUGAUCUAGAGCGUAGAGGAAUCUUCACUCGUGCAGAGAUUGCAGAGAUCGUUAAGCAGCGUCGUAAGUUCGAGUACCGUCUCAAGCGUCCGAGCCCACUCAAACAGGAUUUUCUAGCCUAUAUUGACUACGAAACUAAGCUUGAUGAGCUCAGAAUCUUGCGGAGGAAGGCAGUCUCGCGUCAGUCUGACAAUAAGAAGAAGAAAUCGAUUUCUGAUUUCGCAGGUGUAGCCAAAAUUGUGGAGAUUUAUAGGCUUGCGACUAUGAGGUUUAAAGGGGAUAUUGGUUUGUGGUUUAGGUAUCUUGAGUUUUGUAGGCAGAAGCGGAAUGGGAGAAUGAAGAAGGUCUUGGCUCAAGUGAUAAGGUUUCAUCCAAAAGUGGCUGGAGUGUGGAUAUAUGCUGCAGCUUGGGAGUUUGAUCGAAACUUGAAUGUUGCUGCUGCUCGUGCUCUUAUGCAAAAUGGCUUGAGAGUGUGUUCAAACUCUGAAGACUUGUGGGUGGAGUAUCUGAGAAUGGAGCUCACUUACCUGAAUAAGCUGAAAGUUCGUAGAGUUGCCCUUGGUGAAGAUAAAGGAAGUUUGGUUCGUGACAAGAAAGCCGUCGAGGAUGAAAAAUGGAAAGAUGAAAACAAAGACUUGUUUAUGUCGCUAGUAGAUGAGAAAGAAGAAAAUGACGACUCUGUUGUUGAAGAUGUUGAGGAUGCGAGUGAGAAAGUUGAUGUCUUUCGGGAACAAGGGUCCAAUGUUCUUCAGGCCAUUUAUGGUGGAGCCAUUGAGGCUCUUCCAUCUAGUUUUGACUUGAGGAAGCGUUUUCUGGAGAUUCUAGAGGCAACAGAUAUGGCGCAUUCAGAUGAAAUGCGCAAUACGAUUCUAAGUGACCUGAAGCGAGAUUUUUCCAAGGACCCUGAAUAUUGGAAUUGGCUUGCCAGACAUGAAAUGAGUGAUGGAAUUAGCAAAGAGACAGGCGUAGAGUUUGCGAAUCCUGAACUGCAAAAGGCUAUUCAGGUUUUUGAAGAGGGGUUACAAACUGUUAAUUCAAGUUCUAUGUUUGAGAUGUAUAUAAAGUUUUUGAUGGAGGCUAUUGCAUGGUCAAAUGGCGACGAUGAUGGAAUUUCCCAUUCAUCUAAUCCAAUGGAGGACUGCAUUUCGCAUCUCAUAAAUGUGUACCAGAAGGCGGAUGGAACCGGGUGUUUGACCGAGGAGCUUGCUAAUGACUAUGUUUCUCUGUACUUGAAACUGGGAAGGACCAAUGAAGCUCAGAAGCUAGCAGAAAAACUUUGCUCCGGAAAAUUUGAGGGAUCGGCUAAGUUGUGGCUUUCAAGGGUUUCCAUUGAACUAGGAUCACUUUCAAAAAACUCCACUCCUAGUAAGGCGGAUUUGCAGUCGGUCUUUGAGCUCCUUUCAAAUGCUUUGAAGAAAGUACCGAUCUCAGUAUCGGAGAGCUUGUGGCUUACGGCUUUUAAGUUCUUUGCUCAUCAGAGAACUUAUUUUGACAAGCUUGUAGAGAUGUCCAUCUUAUCGGUAGCCAAAGGCAAUGCGAGCGACCAUGUGUUUUCUCUUGCUUCUGCAGUGGUAAAAUUUGUUCUUGAAACAAAAGGGAGCCACAGUGCAAGAAAGACAUACAAGAGGUUCUUGGCUCUUCCCCGUCCCGGUCUUGUUGUAUACAAAGAUUGCAUUGAAAUAGAGACCAACCUUGCAUCACUAGGUGAGAAAGAUUGUCUAAAAAAUGCCAGGAAGCUGUACGAGUCUGCUGUUUCGACUUACAGCCAAAACGUGGAGUUGUGGAAGGAUUACUACUCAUUGGAGACGAAGAUGGGAACGUCAGAGACUGCCAAUGGCGUGUAUUGGCGUGCGAGAAAGACUCUGAAAGAAUCAGCAGAUUUCAUAGUUGGAUCUGAUUUGUCGUAG